UUUCAGAACAGAUGUAAUGAGCAACCAACCGAUGCAGCAAUCCCAAGUCUCGUCGGCAAGAGAACCCGAUCCAGAUGCUAUCAAAAUGUUUGUCGGUCAGAUUCCACGUUCAUGGGGUGAAGCAGAAUGCAGAGAGCUAUUUGAGCAGUUCGGUUCUGUUUGUCAACUAAAUGUUCUUCGUGAUAAAGUAACACAAGCAAGUAGAGGUUGUUGUUUUGUAACUUAUUAUAAGCGGGCCGAUGCAAUAGCAGCGCAAGCAGCACUUCACAACAUCCGUGUCUUACCCCAAAUGUACCAUCCUGUUCAAAUGAAACCUGCCGACAUUGAAAACAGAAAUGAAAGAAAAUUAUUUGUUGGCAUGUUAAAUAAGAAACUCACUGAAGACAGUGUGCGUGAAAUGUUUGCUCAGUUUGGACACAUCGAAGAUUGCACUGUUUUGAAGGAUUCUGAAGGGAAAAGUCGAGGCUGUGCCUUUGUGACGUUUGCUCAUCGUUCCUGUGCGCAACAAGCAAUCAGACAAGUGCAUCUAUCUCAAACCAUGGAGGGCUGUUCGAAACCGAUUGUCGUAAAAUUCGCUGAUACCCAGAAAGAAAAGGAUGCGAAAAAAAGUGGUGGAACGCCAGCGGUAGCGACACCUUCAUUGCAGAACACAGUCAGUUUAGCCAAUACUUUGCAGCAGUUACUGCAAACAACACAGCCAAAUAGCAGUACCAGUCCUGCUCUGGGAACCCAAUUGGCUGCACUCGCAGCUCUCCUGCAGACGGCAUCACAACCCAAUGUUCUAAGUUUACUUGGAAAUGCUGCACUUCAGCAGCAGCAACAUCAGCAAUUAGCUGCGCUUCAGCAGCAACAAAGACUGCUAGAACUUCUUACGCAUCAGCAACUUGCCAACACGCCAAUAUCUACUUCUAGUGGUUCUUUUGGUAAUGACAGUAAAAUAAAUGGAACAGCCGGGGGAAAUAACCUUAUUCAACUGACGGGACAGAAUACAUCAAGCAGCAUCGAUGCUCUGCAGCAAGCAUAUGCGGGAUUACAGCAGUUUGCAGGUUUAUAUCCACAAUUAUCGGCUGACAAUUUACUUACUGCUAGUAGUGUAUCUAAUACAGGAGUGAGUACCGCAGGCAGUGGGCAAUCAAAAGGACCGGAUGGGUGCAAUCUGUUUAUUUAUCACCUCCCACAAGACUUCACUGAUAACGAUUUAUACACUACAUUCUCACCUUUUGGGUCAAUUAUUUCGGCAAAAGUUUUCAUUGACAAGCAGACUAAUCUAAGCAAAUGUUUCGGAUUUGUAAGCUACGAUAAUGUCGUUUCAGCCCAGAAUGCUAUUUCGGCACUUAACGGGUUUCAGAUAGGUUCAAAACGGCUGAAAGUACAGCUAAAGCGUGGAAAGGAUAAUAAGCCGUAUCCGAGUAUACCUGUUACUAGUAACAGUGGUAAUACGAAACCGCUGUCAACUUAAUUGUUGGAAUUUUCGAAAAAUCCAUCUAUUCAUUUUUACUUUAAAAAUUAUGGUUUCGUUACCUUCAUAAAUUGUCAAACUAAUAAUGUGGUAGCGAUAUUAAAUCAUGUUCGUUUCAUGGAUUGGUAAUUUAAAAGGAACUAUUUUUACACAUGUAUUUCGAGAUUACGCAUAUGAGGUAAAGCUAGUGAAAUAAAAUUAGAAAAUAAAAGUAGACGGUUUAGUGAGGUACAUCCUACCUUUUGAAUUAAAUUUAUAUUGACCCCUGAUCUUCAUUUCAUGUAUGUGCAUAGUUUACAUUAUCAUAGUCGCCUAUUCUUUUAGUGUACUAACUGUGUGGGUGAUAUCUCUAUGAGCUAAAAGUCUGUCACUGUUCUCGCUCUACUCAACUCCUCCCUUUAAUUCUACUUAAUUUACUGACGAAUGUUAGGUGCAUUUCCUGAUUUUCAAACCUGAUGUUAUCAUCGCAAGUCUUGCCUCAUUAUGAAAAUGUUAUUUACUAAUCCGUGGUCUUGCCUGUUGUCUUCUGUUCUCAUUUUUGUUGUCUUGCCAAGACUUCCAUAUGUGUAUUGUUGCUAUGAGCGUUUACGCGUUUCUUGUUUCUUUUAUUAGCGUGAUUAAAAACUAUUUACGUUAAGCAUUAUUCAAGAUUUACGAAUUAAUGUCUUGUGAAAUAAAUGCACUUCAAAGGCUGUGGAUUGUACGUCUUGCUCAGGAACCUUUUUGUUUCUGAUUGAACCAUUUUUCGUUUAUUUAAAAAGGUGAUUUAGAAGAAGCUGCAAUUUUUGACAGUAUAUGGUUACGCUUGUCUCGCUGGAUAUCCUUUGUCUGAAAUUGAUUUCUAAAUUAGAUUAGACCUCAUUUUUUGCUUGUAACAGUGCGUCCAAUCUUCCCAAAUUUAGUUGUUCUCUUUAAGUUGAUUCCUC